UGAACAAGUUUUGAUGAAAUCUGGUACUACAUUACUCAAGCUAUUUUCAGGAAUUUUAAUUUCAAUUAUUUUCCAUAUUUUUCUGAAAUUUUCGAAUUCCAUCGAAUUUUGGAUCAGAUUUUCUACUCAAACAAGAUAGGGUUCAAGUCAAGGGCUUAUGGGCACAACUACUCGAACAAGGUAGGGUUCAAGUCAAGGACUUUUAUAAAGGAUUUUGCACCAGGAAAUGUUGCUCUGAUUGUUUUAACUUUGUGAAGGUCUGCUGUAAGCUCAAUUGGACAUGUUCAAUUAUCUUCAUUUACAGGUGGAAAUAAAUUGAUGAGGGCAGCCGGUAAGCCCAAGUGCCCAACACAACCUCUGCAAUUUAGUAUUGAGUUGUGACUGAGGUGACGAUCAACGCAGACAGCACGUACCAUGAUAGGCUCUCCUGCAGAAGAGUUUGUAAUGGUGCUAACUUAUGGCUAGCCAAAGGCUAUCGCACAGCGAAUGCACCGGAGAAAAUUCAACCCAUUUACCUAAGGCAUGAAUCGCGAUGAAUCGCGAUUUUAACAACCAUGCCUCCAAGUGUAUGCCUUAACCGCUUAAAUCAGACCCCGAAUUCUCCUGUUGCCACGGGAAGUUCUGCAGGACGGAAGACAAGCAUGAGGAUCAUUCUGGCCUGUCAAGGAGCAAUUCAGAGCAGUCCUGAGGUAUGGAUUUUCCUAGCGUGCUUGCGUGCAUGAACGAAUUUGCACUUGUUCAGUGGAUCAAAUUCAUCGACUAUUUUUUGGUAUCUGAUUUUGUAAUUCCUUACAUUACCUUCAGAAAAUUGAGCGAACCAAUCCAACUCAAUCUUAAUGUAACCUAUGCAUGGAAACUAUGUAACUUGAAUUUCUUGAGAAUUUGGGAAUAUAGAGUACUACGCAGUAGACAAUUUAUAGUUCUUGAGGUUUGCCUAUGAUGUAUAUAAUUUUCAUUGUUUUUGAGUUCCAGAUUAAUUUUGGUGGAAUUGGAUAUGCACCUCUGAACAUGCUUGGGAUUAUACAGUCUCAGAAGACUGCAGAAUUACUUCUUGAUCUGAAGGUGAACUGUAUUCUAUGUAGCCCACAAGUUGCAGCUGUUGAUACCGCAACUACUAUUUGCGAGGUCCAAGAGGCUGCAGAUUGCUUAGGUGCUGAUUGCGUGCCUCGUUAUGUGGACAUGAAGAAAUUGCUAGAACUUGAAAUUGAUGGUGCCUUUCAAAUGAAGCAAAAGAGCUUUGGGGAAAUAGUUCAGUCUGGUUGGCUGGGCAGCAUGGAACACAGAACACUCGAGCGGCUAUGGGCUCAGUCCAAGGAUGCAUGGCAAGCCUUGCUAAAUGAACUGCCAGAUGAUAGUAUAUCGGAUAGAGUUCUUGUGGCCGUAGGCCAUCCUGCCAUUCACGUAGCUGUAAUCUGCCGGUGCCUUGAUUUACCAAUGGAGUACAUGUCAUCUUUUCAUCUAGACGAUGGCAGCAUGAGUGUCAUCGACUUCCCGGAUGGACCAAAAGGAAGAGGUGUUGUCAGAUGCACAAAUUACACAGCCCAUCUAGGAAGAUGGUCAAUACCCAUUACACGGCCAACAGAAAAUGAUGAAGAAUUCUAACUUCCGUAAGGUAAACUCUUCCAUGUUAUUGUAUAGCAUACUUCAGGAAGCCCAUGCUUGUAACUACCUU